GGUUGAUUGUCAAAUUUUUUUAAUGUAAUGUCAAUCAGUUAUUUUAUGAAGUGUAUUUAUUUUUAUUUAAAAAAUAUUUAGAAUACGUUUUGAAUUACACAAAAAUUUCUUCUAAUGUAACGAAAAUGUAAUGAAUAUUCAAUGUGUUCCCUAAUAUUACAAGAAUGCUUAAACAUUUCGAAAUGGAAGGUCCAAGCUGUAAAGUCGAAAGUAUUACAUGAAAACAACAUGAAAAUCCAGCUGUGAAAAUGGGGGAAAGUUCCGAAUUGGACUCUGUCAGCACGGUGCUUUGGCUUCAGCAAGCUGAUGCUCUCAAUACAUUUACCAAAAUGUGGUAUCAUGUCUUCCUGUGGGCCUUUUUUUCAUCUAUAUUUGUCCACACGGUCGCCGGGCUGAUAGCAUUCCUCACGCUCAGGAAACACAAAUUCGGCAAAUACUUUCCGAUCGCCAUCCUGGUGAUGGGCGUGAUAACACCGGCUGUAACGGGGGUGUUGAGCAGCGCCGCCAUCGCCUUUGUAUAUAGAGCGUCCAGUUUGCCGAUGCAUCCGCUGUACGCGCUCUUCUGGGGCUGCGGCCAGACCAUUUUGACCGGGUGCAUGGGCUUCACCAGGAUCUUGGCCACGUUGUAAUUAAUAGGUUUAAUCAUUGAAUGAGUCCACGGUGAAGUGGCGCGUCGGAGGCAUUGUGCACUUUGUACAGAACAAAGGAUACGUAUCGGUAUAUUUUGUAACUCGUGUAAAUACUAUUGAGAGGACGCUUUGUAAAAAUUACGAAAUAUUAUAUAUUUUUACGUUGAUUAUAUGGAAAUUUACUUUAUGUCGCACUCGAGUUUUAAUUAAACGAGAGGAUACUAGAUAAUGUUGUGACUUAUCGUUUCCACUGUGAUAUUUUUUGUUAAGUGAUGAAUAAUGUCUAGUCUCAAUUAUUAGAAAAUGAUUUAAUUCGAAAACAAAGGUACCGUGCGAUGUAUGAUAAAUAAUAGCUAGGCUGAUUUGGAUUGUACAUAAUAAAUAAGCGACAUAUUUGGCCUCGGGUCGAUUUAUUUUCAAUACAAUUUCUUGUAUUACAAGCUAAGCUAAUUGUGCCUUCUUAGAGUGGAUUUUCUAUAAUUGUGGCUCUAACUAGAUAUUAACUUAACUAAAUAAUAAUUGUAAAAAAAUAAAUUCGUAUUGUAGAUAUUUUUGUUCGAAUUUCUCUCGUAUAAUUAAAAAAAUGUGAACGUGUUUUCGAUAUCUUGUGAUUCAAUUUACAACACCAAAGGAAAGCACGCGUUAACUAUUUGUCGGCGUGGUUUAUAAUUGAAAAUAUAGGACAAUUUUUUAUUAUUUUACAUUCUCUAAUAUAUCAGGUGUAUAGUUACGAAUGACACAUCACACAAUGGUAGUAUCUGAUUUUUACUCGAAGAAACUACCAUUGAGGUAUAGUCAAUUCUUUACCGAAGCACCUUAUGCAGUUUUAAAUCACUCAACAAAUUCGCAUUAAGCUCUUUACUUUUAUGUUAAUUACCAAUUAUCAGUGUUUCUUUGAGCACUUGAACCGUUUGCCGUCUCCUAGUGACUUACCCCAAGAAUUACAUUAUUGAAUUGUAUACAAUAGGGAUAUAACAGUUUCUCGGAAGUUGCACAAAGUUUCACUUCACCAGCCACUGCACUCUUAAUAAAAGUUAGUUAUUUAUUGUAUGUAUUGUACAUGUGAUGGUGCUAAAUGAAAAUGGGCUUUUUGUUGUUCCGGCGCUUGCAAAACGGCGCAAAAUCCCAUCAAUCCUGACUUAUUUUGUGUUCUUAAUUUUAAGUAUUUCACCGGUUUUACGAUGAUCAUUAUUAAAGAGAAUCAUGAAUCAUCGCCAACUAUCAUAAUGAUGUUUUUUGUACUUCAUAAUCAUUUUGAUAAUUGUAUAGCACGCUUUAUUGCGCCGUUUUGAGAAAAAGCCGAAUGACAUUGAGCCUGCAGUUAUAGAGGUACGAAUAGUUAGUUUUACAUAAUUAAAAAAGUGAUCAAGGUAUGAAUGUGAAAAGAAAAUAGGUACCUAAUUGUAGCUAAAAUAUCUUUUGUAUAUACUGUGCACUGUACAUAAACCAAAAAUGUAGUAGUAUAAGGAGAAAAUUGUAAUGCCUAAGUCAAUAUUGUAUUUUUACUUUAAAAACUCGAAAAAAUAAACAAGUCGUACGUUA